AUGUUAUCCUCCAAAGUCUCCCACAGGAUGAGUCACAAAUGUGACAGGCAGGCCGGUCUUCUCACCAUGGCCCCAAAAGGGAGAGCAUUGUUCUUUCUACUAUUUGUCACCUGCACAGCCGUGGCUAAGCCACCAGGUGGGAGGCCUGGAAAAAAACCUAACUGCAAUGACAUGGCCACAAAACUGAUGAGGAGCUGUGAGAAGAAAGGAUACCUGGCGACUAAGGAGAUGCAGCUGAAAGCUCUCUUCAAUGACAGUGAUUUGCCUGUGGCGGAUGGAGACACUAAGCAAUCCGACACCCCUCUAUCUACUUAUCUCAAAAUCCAGCGUUCAGUCUGCCCCGAAAAAGCCAACAAAGAGCCACAAGAUGAUGAAAAGGCAAACAAAAUGUGUAAAGUCCGCCAUCUUCUAGCUAUGAUCAAGCUGAUGAGAAACUCCUCCGCUGCAUCUGCAUGUUACAUGCAAGCAUUUGUGGCCCCUCAGGCCUUGGAGGCUUUGUCCUCACAGAGAGACAUGACCGUAGAGGAAUAUGACACACUGCAGCGGGCCGCCAAACCUGUGCUGAAGGAUAUGCCAUUUAAAGGAAUGGACCCUCCCCCCAAUUUGGACCUGAAAAUGAUGAUGGAGAUGAUGACGGAGGAGCAUGGUACCAUGUCUCAAGAGAAAAGGGUUCGGGUGUUUAAAUGGUUAAAAGAACUGAUUGCCCAAAGGAACUUCAACUGUACGCGAAGGCCACCAUCUACCUCAAGAUCAACGUCGCUGAAGCCCUGCAAAUCUUUACUGCCAUGGCUGAACUUAACGACGUUGGACAUGAUAGGACCUUACGUCUCCCUGUUGGACACAAGUGAUGUGGAUUCUGCUCCCAAAGAACAGCUGUGUGAAUAUGUCCGCUCAGGCCAGUUCAGAAGCGCCACAAGUAUGAGUCUCAAGAUGAAUUCCCGCCUGGGCAAAAAAUUGCUGGGAGAAUUUCGAGAGUGCUUCAAUAAAACGGAGUUUACUGAGAAUAUGGAUAAGUUCGGCAUACUGCUCUGUCAUUAUUCUGCGGCUCCAAACUUGACUCUUGACCUCAGCACGAAACUCCUCUCCGAGCUUAACAAGCGCGGAGACUGCAGGAACCCUAACAUCAAACAGUUGAAGAAACGCCUCGUCAAGUCUUUGAUGUCAAAAAUCAGUGGCAAUGAGACACUACAGGCACUAAAGGCACUGGGUAGAAGUAUUGCCUUGUUGUCUCCCAAAGAACUGUCCAAGGUCCCUGCCGAAGUUCUCAAAAAAGUUCUUAAAAAACUGAGGUCCACUAUCCCAUGGACACGUUCCCAGCUGCGUGCCCUGGUCAAGAAUCUGCUUGGCGAUAAGUGUAAAGUGGUGUCCGGUAAAGAGCUGAUGGACUUUGAGUCAUUUGUAGACGGAUUACCAAACUGUGUGCUCAAGCAUGUCAAGGAGAUGAUGACAGAUCCAGAGAGCCUGAAGAACAUCACCAGGAGGAUGAGGAAGAGGCAGCUGAUGGCCUUGCUGCAGGGGCCAUUAAAAAAUGAGGAUCCAUCACAGCUUUGGAAGAAGUUGUUUGGCCCUUUGCUUCAAACGUUUCCUUUAGACAAACUGAAGAAAGCAAACAUCACCUCCUGGGACCAAGCGGUGACGAAAAUAUGGACUCGGUCACAGGCUUCCUACCUGGUGAAAAAGUUGUACAAUCCAAAGAAGCCGUGGUAUAGGAAGCUGGGUUCACUUCUUCAGGGAGUAACCUGUAAGAUGAUCGACCGAGUAGCAGACAGUGACACACAAGACAUGGUCCAGGACAUAACAGAGACUCCGCAGUGGCUUUCCAAACUGCAGGCUGGAUGUGCUGCUCGCAAGCUUUUUGCAACUUUGGAGAAAGAGACACCUGACUUUUUCAAGACUAAAGAGGGGAUGGAAAAAAUUCCCCCAAGCCUAGUUCCUCACCUGCCGCCUUCAAAGGUGAAGGAUUUGACUGAAGAUGUGUGCCCUAUCUUCCUCAUCAAGAUGGAAGAGGCCGACCUGAGCUUAUUACCUCUUCGUUCUCCGUCUCGCCCGGCACUGGUCGAGAGAGCUCUCCUCUGCCUGUUGCAGGGGACCAACGUAUCUGGGCUGGCCUAUGAGGAUGUGCUGCUCAUCGGACCGCUUUUAUGUGAGCUUCAGCGUUCCCAACUGCUCCUCCUGGCCCCUGAUGUCCUCAGCUCCGUCCUCCAGGACAUGGCUGGCUGCCAGUACAUUCCUCGAGGCCACAGGGCAGAAAUAAUUCAGUUGGUCAAGGACACUUUUGGGGAUCCAUCCGUUUGGACAGCUGAGACACUGGAGGCAGUGGGUCUUCUCCUCUUUUAUGAUGACGAUGCCAUUUCUGCUCUGCCCAAUAAGCCUUGGGUGAAGGACGUCCUGUAUGACCUGAGGUCUGGCCCGCAUCAUGACUCCGUCGCCCUGAGAAAGAAAUGCUUCGAUCUCACCACCACUGACAGUAACGGUGAUGUUAAACAGCCCACUGUGGAGUUGAUUGAAGAACUGGAAAUGGACAACGUCUUCUGGACAGCAGAACAGCUCGCUACAAUGUCACCAGAAACCUUCCUCGCUGCUGUAGAAAUACUCGGGGACAUCUAUGGCUGGAGGGCAGACCAACUGGCUGUGCUCAUUAAAAAAGCAAUCGAGACCUUGGGCCCAGUGUCAGAGAUGACUGAGAGUGAGGUGACGCAGUUAGGUUGCAUAGCUCGGGGUUUCUCCAACACAGACUUAGAGAAACUCCCCUUCUCACUGGACAUUCUGGACACAAUUGCCAACUGUGGCUGGAAUGAGUCACAGAUGAUGUCGGUGUGGAAGGCUGAUGCUAAAUAUGACAAAGUGGUGGCGCAGCAGCUGGGAGCUGAGGCUUUGGUUGCACUGAGCUCGUUUAUUAAUGGCCUAAACUCCGGCGAGAUCGAGCAGCUCAACAAAGAUGCCUUCAAGGACGCUGUGGGCUCAAUUGGUGAUGUUCAGUUCUCCCCCAGGGUUAGAAAGCAGUUGAAAAAUCUUGCCGUGUCUUUAUUUGGAAAUCCCAGCACCUGGGCUCAAGCACAAGUGUGUGAUCUGAACAACAUCAUGGCUGGGCUGGAUGCACCUGAGAUGGCUUCUUUGGACCUUUCUGUCUUCUCUUGUUUCAGUGAAUCCAGCAUCCCACUAAUACCACCAACCAGUUUAGCUGCGCUCUCUGAAGAUCAGCUGGAGGGUCUUGGACCUAACAAUGCUGCCAGGGUGACAAAUGACCAGCGAGCUGCCCUAAGAGCCAAUCAGCGGGCAGCUCUUGAAAGGGCCGAGACCGGGUCACCUGUCAAAAAACAAACAUCUGGCCACUCAGGAGCUCCGUCACUGAGUGUCGAGGGGAUCUCAGCCUUCAUGAAGCCCCUUCUGUUUCUCCUCAUGGGGUUCCUGCUGCUGUGAGAAUAAAGUCACUACAUCCAACCAUGAAACUAACAGGAGCUUUUAGCUAACCACACGCAGAGCUACAUGUUAUUCCUUUAGUGCACUUAUCAUAUACUUUAAUGUUAUUUGUAAUGAAGACUUGCUCCUAAGAUUGUCUGAGAUGGCUGGUUGUAUGGGGAACUUGUCCAUAGUCAGUCACGCACGCCCUCAGUUUGGAGAAGCAGGCUGGAGUCUGACACAGAAGCAAAGUAAUCUAUGUAUUGCUGUGAAUGGGGUCAGCAAAAAAAAUUUUUCAGUCACCUAAAACAAUAUAUUGCUUCCCUCACAGCCAGACUUGGUAUGUGUUUUGUAAAUUUUGUGUAUAAAGUCAUAAGUUCAGAUUCACUAAUGUCACACAAUAACACAAACUAACAAAGUGAUCGAAGCAGUGGUAGACCAGCAGCUCCUGUGUUCAGUGAGCCAAAAUUAUUGUUUGUCUUCAUGGAGUCUGGUGGCCUUGAUGAGAGCUUAAAUGUGAAACUGAUGCCACUAAUGGCUUCCCCUUUGAAAGGGGCUGUCCGUAGAAGGGUAAAGCGAAAAAUACUCACGAUAUAACGUUUACUUCAUCUGUUUUUUUUUAGGCAUCUAAAAUGCAUUUUGCUGCUGCUCCCAUCCAAAGCAGUACAUUGUUUAGGUUUCAUGACGGU